CGUCGGGAAGGCGGUGGGCGGGUCCAGCCUUUAGCGGUGGAGGGCGCCAUGGUGGGUGGCGAGGCGGCCGCUGCCGUGGAGGAGCUGAUCUCGGGUGUGCGGCGAGCGACUGACUUCGCUGAGCAGUUCCGCUCCUACUCGGAGAGCGAGAAGCAAUGGAAGGCCCGCAUGGAAUUCAUCCUGCGCCACCUGCCCGACUAUCGCGAUCCACCCGACGGCGGCGGCCGCCUGGACCAGCUGCUGUCCCUCUCCAUGGUCUGGGCCAACCACCUCUUCCUGGGUUGCAGUUACAACAAAGACCUUUUAGACAAGGUGAUGGAAAUGGCUGAUGGGAUUGAAGUGGAAGACCUGCCACAGUUUACUACCAGAAGUAAAUUAAUGAAAAAGCAUCAAAGCUAAGGCAGAAGAUUCAUCACACUUUCAUCAUUAGUCACAGGCUUGGAAAGGAGGCUGGCAUGAAUGCAACAUUGACCUCAGCGGCCUCUUAAGACUCUUGGUAUUAACAACAUGUAGGAAAGAGGCAAUUGGAAUGAAAGGGAAUCUUGUCUGGAUUGGCAUUUUUGAAGUUCUCAUUUUUCUAGUAGCUAUCAUUGUAAAAGUAUGCAUGGGUAUUUAUGUAUUUAUAAAUCAUGCCCUCUUAUUUUUGUUGGUCAAAAUGUUUAAAAUGCCUAUUUUUUUUUAUGUUGAUGUAAUAAUGGCAGGUAAUGAAUUAUAUACACUUUGGAUUUUUCAACAGUGUACCUUUAAGUGUGAUUUUGCUUAUAGUCUUUUUUCUCUGCUGACUGAGGCAAAUCAUAUCCCUUAUUUCUAGCUGAAGUUUAUACCAUCCAUAUACCGUUUCCACACACAUUUCACCUUUUUUAGAGAUGAGUGAAAAUCAAAAUCAUAGGGCUUCAGGUUAUCUACCAGCUCAUAGAGGCAGCCUUAUUAAAAAAAAACAAAACAAAAAAAACCCUCAUUGAAACAAGAUUCCACAGCUUGGUCUCUGUAAGGCCUUCCAGGCUGGUGAGUAAAAAGCCCAUAUUCUUUCUUCCUGGAGGGAGCCUGAGGUUUGGUUUUCUAGACUUGAGGAAUUGCCUUGUACAGUCCCUCAAGAAAUACUUAUUUAGUGCAGUGCUGCUUUGCUCUGAAGUUCUCAUUAAUUUCCCUCUUUCAGUUGAUUUAUGUUUCUUACCCCUGCCCCGUUCCUCUUUCUUAUUUAGUACCCACUCUUACAUGCUUAUCUCUAGGCAUAAAUACCGAGGACUUGACGUAGGGACAGCAGCAUAACAGUCAGUCACGGCAGGAUUCCCUUAUCACUGUGCUUGGUACUGGGGAUAGUGGCAAGAUAUGAUAGGGGCCUGCCUGAGCGUAAUCUGCUGGUGAACUCAGGACACUGAAGUGUUAAAGAGGAGAGUGACUGGGAGCCUGGUGCCUGGAAGCAGAGAAGGGGGACGACUCUCACCCAUGAUUUGAGGCUGAGGCCAAAUAGCACACCACAUCUCUGUGCAGCUUCCAGCUCUGAUCUGUAGUGACCACUAGGGUGGGCCAAGUGAAGACCCUGGGACCUCUGACAAGUCACUUCUCUCCUGUGGCCUUUCCUGGAAAAUAAUCAUCAUAGAAAUAGCUACCAUAAAGACCUGUGACAAGGAUUAAGAUUAAGAGCCAGUUAGCCCCGGCCUCUACAAGAUAUAAUUCCCCAAUAAAAUUGUCAAUAAUAGUAUCCUA